AUGCCCACACAUGGCACGAUAUGUCGUCCACCUUACUCUUAUGAGGCAUUCGCGACAUCGCCUCACGCAUUUCCUUGGAUUUUUCCCACACCUGAAGACGACUCGCUGGCACUGGAGGCGGAAGGCGAGGAGGCGCAAGGCACGCGACGACGCUCGAGAUGCCUUUCGUGCUCCGCUGCUCUCUCGGACAACCCAGCGGGUACCGAUGCCUCGGAGACGGAGGGGGCGCGACCACAAUGCUGCAGCGCGCAAGAGAAGAGGGAUGUGGUGCUGGAGAGCAUGCUGCGAUGGGCGGUGGAUGUUCAUUUCAGGCAGUGUUCUCGGCUGCUCCAGGCGUCGGUGAAUCGGGCCGUGUGUCACGGCGUUCGGCAGGCGCUCGUCGCCGCGGAACUGUCCAUGAGACAGGCGUCUCCUCCGUCGUUUCCGCCCGGGUGUCGGCUGCUGCUGUCUUUCGUUGGUGGGCUCGCGGGGGACGGCGGUGCUCAGAUUGCCGGUUUUCUUCGGGAACGGUGCGGGGCCGAGCUGCGGCGGUUUCUCGCUCGGGGUCGGUGGCGGCCCCCAUCGGGCACGUGUAGAGGAAGGCGACAUGCCGAUACUUGUACGGCCACGGGCGGGGCGGUGGCAGGACGGCAAGCGGAGUCACCUAUGCUGGACGCCUACGUGGGCCACCUCUGCCUGUGCCGACAUGUGAGCGACCCCUUGGCUGCCACGCAUUUGGCGUGGCUGGCUCGGCAAGCUCUUACUGUGCUCCGCAUGCUGGACAUGCCGGAAGAAGGCGCGCAUGAAACGACCGCGGCAGCCGAACGGCGACAAAGCUCGAACUUUGCGGAUGUUCUGGCGUCUCUCUCGCACGCUCUCGCCUUGCUGCUGACGCGGCCGAAGCGGGGCGGUUUAUGCAGCUCUACCGUGCCUGAAACCGCGGGCAAUUUGCUCGAGAUCGUUUUCGACAGCGACGCCCGCCCGUUGUCGUGCGUGCCCCGCCCCCUGGCGGAGGCAGCCAUCGACGUGCUCAAAGAGGCGGGCCAUAUUCAGCUCGCCCGAUCGGACGAGCUCCUAAGACCGCCAAGAGGUUCGCGUCGAGGAGAACCGAACGCUGCGGGCCGCCGCACAAAGUCAAAGCUAGGACCAGUCGCCGCCACCGUUACCGAAGAAGGCGCUUCUUUUGCGAGUGGCAUCGAUUUUCGGCGGGCGAGUCUCGCCUUUCGAAGUACUUGGUCCCUCGCAGCCGCGGGGGUCGACACGCAGCUUCCCUCGACAAGCCGCUCAGGCCGAAGCCGGAGGGGGGACGGCGGAGGGGAUUCAUCGGACAACACCGACAGCAGCGACGACGACGACGACUCGGCUGAUGGAGACGUAGACGGCGCCGGAGCAAUCGCGGGAAACGGCUGGGGCCGCGUGCCGGACGAGGUGACUAUGCGCGUAUUAUCCUUCAUGACGCCGAAGCGAGUCUGCCGUCUCGCUUGCGUUGAUCGCGCUUGGAGAGAGCUGCUCAUGGUGUCCGGUGUGUGGAGGCCCUUCUUCGAGGCACGCUGGCCCUUAUCGGCGAUUGGAAGCGACCUGGAUCUGGCGGGAGUGUCGGACAGGCUCUUGGCCGAAGGUUUGGGCUCGGCGAGGAAGAAAGCGAAGCGUAGGAGAAGGCACGGGAAGAUCGGCGUUGUUCACUGGCGAACCCCUGAGGGCCGAAAGGGCGGCAAGAGGAAGGUUUGCCGCUAA